AGGGAUAGACACGUAACCAAACACCCCCCUUCCUCUUUUCGCCACAUCCCUGUAUCAAAAUCAUUACUAGUACUGGACACACCUUCACGUAUAGAUAUAUAUAUGUGUGUGUGUGUGUGGGUGUACGCAUGGAUAUUAUAUGUGUGUGAUUUUGCGAUCCUGGUUUUCGUAAAAAUCCACUAAAACCCUAGACACUCAUACUUCGUGACCCAGAAACAAACCCAUUCGCAUUCGCCUUCCUGUUCCUCAGGUUAACUGAACGACGAUACUGCUGUUAUCGGCCACCGAUUUGCUUCCAGCGACGGUGAAAAUGUCGGGUUCCGGUGGGGUUUCGAUCGCGCGAGGAAUCCGCGGGGAGAACCGAUUCUACAAUCCGCCGCCGAUGCGGAGACUGCAGCAGGAGAAGCAAUUGCAACAGGAGAGAGAGAAGCAGUUGCAGCAGGAGAAACAUUUGCAGCCCGAUAAACUCAAACCCGAUAAGCAACAAGCGAGGUUACCCAAGGUGCUGACUUCUUCUUCUUCCAAGAACAACAAGAAGAGGGUAGAGUCGGAUGAAUGUGGGUCGUCCGAUUGCUCCGUCUCUAGUCGGACCUCCGCCGAUUCGUCCAAUUUGGAUCGGUUCUUGGAGUUCACAACUCCUGUUGUCUCCGCCCAGUAUUUGCCCAAGGCGAGUAUGAAGGGAUGGAGGACUCGUGAACCAGAUUGCCACCCGUUCUUUGUGCUUGGGGAACUAUGGGAGUCAUUCAAGGAAUGGAGUGCGUAUGGAGCUGGCGUUCCUCUUGUCUUGAAUGGUAGUGAUUCUGUCGUUCAGUAUUAUGUGCCUUAUUUGUCUGGCAUUCAGCUGUAUUUGGACCCAUCAAGGCCUGGACCAAGACAGAGAAGGCCUGGUGAAGAUAGUGAUGCUGAGUCAUCCAGGGAGACGAGUAGUGAUGGUAGCAGUGACCAUGGAAUUGAGAGAGGCACUAAUGUUCAAGGGACUUGGAGCCAGCAAAAAGUUGCAGAUGCAAAUAUUCAGAGCUUUAAUAGACUCGCCCUGAGAAACAAUUUCGUUGGCUCAUCAAGUGAUGAAAGUGAUACAUGUAAUCCUCUAGGUCAUCUUAUCUUUGAAUACUUGGAGCAUGAUCCCCCAUUUGGGCGUGAACCUUUGGCUGACAAGAUUUCAGUCCUUACUUCUAGAUUUCCAGAACUCAGGACAUACCGAAGCUGUGACCUAUCCCCUUCAAGUUGGAUUUCUGUUGCUUGGUACCCUAUAUAUAGGAUACCCAUGGGUCCCACAUUACAGAAUCUGGAUGCCUGCUUUCUCACCUUCCAUUCAUUGUCAACGCCCCAUCAAAGUACAGCCAGUGAGGGGUUGCACUCGCGUAGUUCUAGUGUUCGUGAGUCUAACAAUACCAACAUGUCCUUGAAGCUCCCGCUACCUACUUUUGGACUAGCAUACUAUAAGUUCAAAAUAUCGGUUUGGAAUGCUACUGGAGUUUAUGAAUGUCCGAAAGCCAGUUCUUUACUACAAGCAGCUGACAACUGGCUUAGACGUUUGCAAGUCGAUCAUCCUGAUUACAGAUUCUUUAUAUCUCACAACUCGGAGUGGAAGUGAAAAACCAUAUAUAACCCUUUUGGUAACUCAAAAUUUCCUUGCUUGCUUUCAAAAUUGCAAGGUUCUCGGGACUUAAUGAUUCUGAAGAGAAAAACUUACCUGCAGAUGCCACCUGAACUAUCCAGUUCGUUAUUUUUUUCGUUUAGUUUGUAUGGGGCAGGUAUUCUUACCAUUACUUGCGUUAUAAACAAUAGCCUCUCUGCAUUCUCUAUAGAGAUAAGACAUAUAUAAGUGCACAGGAAUAGUCAGUAUGUGGCUUUUUGUGAAAAUGAAGAUGCAAAAAAGAAAAAAAAGAAAAAAACUUUUAUAGGCAGGCAGGUGAAUGAUCAAUAGCUUUUAUUGUGGGUGUUGUGUUUUAGAAUAGACGAUGCAGGAAACAGACGAUGCCGGUGGCCAGAAAUAUCAGUCUCUAUGACUAUUUUUAAUAAGGUGUGAUAGAGGAUGAUGAUGAUGAUGAUGAUGAGCAGCACUGUAAUGGUCAUCUUGAGGGGAGAUGUCAUUGUGUACAGAGUUUUCUCUUUGCUUCAUGUAAAACACCCCUUAUACUAACAGUUUUCUGAAA